AUGAUAAAAUUAACUGAUUUACAGGAUGUUCCACCAGGAUUACGCGAAGAACACAGGAAUUAUAUGCGAAUAGCAAAACAAGCAAAAGAAAUUGAACUUCAAACAAAUACGACUACAGUAGAAAAUGCUCAUUUCGGUAUGACCGAAAUUGGAAUAUUGGUUGUUGUUAGUUUGUUAGUACUUUCGGUGAUAGCUACAGUUUCUAAGUACAUAAUAAGAAAAUGUUAA